UGAUACAUUUGUUAUACAACCUGGAAUAAAAGGAAAUACCGAAUAUCUUAUUGAUUUGUUAAAAAAGAAAUGUAUUGAAGAUGCCAAAGAAGCAAAAUCCUCAAAAUAUUGUCAAUCAACAUCGUCAACAAUAGCAAAAUCAACAUCAGCUGCGUCAUUAAAUAGUUCACCAGAAAACAUAUCAACCGAAUCUUCUAAUUUAUCAGUUAGUCAACAUAAAACGUAUAUUAUUGAUACAUUGAAUAGCUGGUGCAAAAACAAUAAAUCAAAAUUUAAUUUAUCACAAUUAUCUUUAAUUGAAGGUCAACAUUAUUUUAUUUCGCUUUUUAAUGAUCCAAGUGGUGCGUUAAAAUGUGAUAUAAAGUGCUGUUGCGAAAAAUGGUCAUCAUUAACAUUAAGACGUGGAAAAUUUCAAUUGUCGAAUUUCUAUCGUCAUCUGCAAAGUUUAAGUUAUGUAUGUCCCGAAUUGGAAAAAAUGAUAAAUAAUCCUCAAUUACAAUUACCAUCAUCAACAAAUAGUCAACAAUCAUUACCAACAUCAGAUAAUGUACCUCAGCAAGUCGUGUCACCAACUUUUAUAUCUAGUAUACCACCAUCAAAUACAACUCACCCAAAUUCAUAUUUAUCCACAGCAUCUUCGAUCUCAAUAUCAACAGAUAAUGAUGAAAACAUUAUACAACAAUCACCAUCAUUAAAAACUAAAAAACAAGUGAAACGAAAAGUUCAAACUAUACAAUCUUCAUACAACACAAGAGAACCAGCAAAAAGAAUGAGAAGAAGUUAA